AUGAGUACCAGACCGAUUUUGCCCAUUAGCCGUAUAAGCACCAUAAUGAAAAGCUCUUCUGACGUAGAGACAGUGAGCCGGGAGUCUUCGGUUCUCAUGUCCAAAGCUACGGAGCUAUUCAUAAAAAACCUCACGCAGGAGGGCUACAACAGAACAAACAAGGGCAAGAAGCUCGACUACAAACAUUUGGCGCAGGUCGUCCACAACGACGAAAAAUACAAUUUCUUGCGGGACAUAUUGCCGAAAAAAAUCACCGUCCUCGAAUACAAGAAGAUAUUGGCUAGUAGGGACGCUCCCGAGAGGGCGGAACGCGAAGCCGAAGAGCUAAGCUCCACGGAGGAUGAUGAAGAGGCUAGUACUAGCGACACUAGUGCCAGUAGUUCUGGUGAAUUCCAAUCGAAAAACUAA